AUUUGGUGGUGGGUGGAAUCUUAUCUAUUCAAGUCGUGAUGAUUCAACUGGUCACAACAACAUGAAGAAAGGACAUAGAUCAAAUGCACACAUCACUAGUCUAGACCCAGGAAAUGCAAAUAAGCGUCUGGCAUAUGACGUAUUUCAAGCCAUAGAAGCAAGCAGUAUAGGAUACGAAGAAGUGAUGCUGACUGGAUACAGAGACUACAGAUCUAAGAAUUCGUUGAUAAAGAUGUACUUCCCAAAAAAUUCAACAUCAGGACUUACUUUUAGUCAGUUUAUAGAAAGAGGAAUGGCUGGUGGUUCCAGGCGUGGCUGUGGCACAUCGUAUUCUUACUAUGGCACAGAAAAGUCCAGCGGCAAACCUAUUGCUCUCAGCUGGGAAGAUGGUGCUUUCGUAGCUGGAGCGACGUCUUCAGGCUGCGCUUGGUUUAAAGAAGUUUGGAAUGAGAUAGACAAUAAUGGUGGACACUUACUUGCUCCACAAGACUGGGAUCGUGCUGAAUCAUAUGGUGGUCAGUCGUCGUCUAGCGGCAGCUGUGGAGGUCGCGGUCUCUUUCACAUCUUCAUCCGCUAGUCAAACGAUUCGCAAAUGUUGGAUCAGUGUGCAUGCUGCGGCAUGCAGAUGACUAUUGGAUAGUAGUUUGUUUGACGUUUGAUCUUUUUUGCUGCUGCUGUGUUGUAGAAAUCUAAGCAAACUAAUGCAUGCAUAUCUAGCUUGGUAGCUCAGAUUAUAGCUGCUAGUUUCU